UCGUUCGCGCGUUCGUUCGUAAAAUCCUAGUCUCUGUACACGAGCGGCCAAGAGAAAAAGAUCUUGGGCACGGGAGAUCGUGUGUUGUCGUCGUGUUUGUGUGUGUGCCCUUUGCCUGGUUCUCGGCGUGGCGUGCGUUCCCGUCUAUUGCGUAACACACUGCGCGCUGUUUGUCGCUGGCGUGUCACUCCGUCGGUCAUUCAGCGCUCGCUAAAGCUGAGAGGAAGGUGCGGUCUCUGCGGUCUCUGCGGUACCCGCUUUGGAAGUACCGCUUUGUGCGUGCGUGAGUGUGUGUGUUGUGACGUGCGUGACGUUGACUCAUCGUGGAAAAGUCGGCGCCAGGCUCGUUCCAGACCUUGGUUAGGCGAUCCCAGGGCGAGGCGCACUUGGCGACACUGCGGAAGGCGCGUGCGGAGGCACGCGAGGCCCGGAUGCGGGAAGUUGAAUGUAAGCAGCGGGAGCUGGAUCGGGACGCCGACCGGGUGUUCGAAGUAGACCAGCUGGAAAAAACCCUCGAUCGGGCUGCCGCCGAGAUUUGUGCUCGUCCGCCCCGUGGUGGUGGUGCCGGUGGUGCCUGUGCCGCUCCAGGAGGUACCGCGAGCGCACCCCGCAUGCAGCGUGCCGUGGAGCAGCUCGCCACCUGCGGCGAACUGCUAGCUGGAGCGGUUGAAGGUGCAAAAUCGGAUCUUUACGAGAGCUAUUCCGCCGCCCUGCAGGUAUGGGAGGAGGUACGGGACUGCUACCGCGCCGAACGGGAGGAGCUCAUCUACGAGGUGGAGCUCCUCAAGGACUCCCAAACGGAGUCGGAAGAAGCGCACUCGCAGCUGCAGCGGGAGCAUCGAGAAAAAUGCAAGGAGCUCGAUGCGACCAAACGCGAUCACGUCAAGAUUGCGGAAGAGCUGCGGCUCGUUCAGGGACAGCUGGCGGAGCGUGACGAGCUGCUGUCCUGCCUGGGGUACAUGAUUGUAACCCUAGAGAGUGAUGAUGGUACCGAUGCAUGCCGGGCACUAGUGGGCACGGAGCAUGGUCGACUACCGACAGCCGGUACACUCGACGACUUUCUGAUACCGGUCACAAAAGAAAAGGAGAAGCUGGAGAAGCGGCUGGACGCUGCCCAGCAGGAGCUCCAGGAGCUACAAACCAAGAUGCAGCAACUUGGCUUGGAUUACUACGGCGAGCUGCUGCAGCAUGACGAGUUGCAAUGGCAAGACGUGAAGGAAGCCGUCGAACAUUAUAAAAACUGUGCCAAACAAAAGGAGAAAGAAAACUAUCGACUCCACAACCAGCUCAUAGAGACUCGCUCCUAUGCGGAGAAAUCCGCGGAGCAGUUUGAGAUCGAUCGCCAGAAGCUUCUGCGUGAGCCCAUUGUCACGCAGUUUUGGGACGAGUGCCACUGCCAGUAAGCGUGCCCCUGCAAUCGGGUUGCUUAUACGGUAGCCGCAAACAUGAGGCCCAAAGGCCAAAUGGGCUCCAAAUGUAAAAUGUAGGAGUUUGCAAAUUAAAAUUAUUCCCGUCCAAUCGCGGUCCAGUAAAGAAAAUACGGAACCCCGGCACAAGGCUCCUGUUUAGCGGCAUCGUUGCUUCACUGCCCCCGGGGGGAGGGAAGCAAUAAACUAUCUGCGUGAGUAUAGCGAAGAAAGAGCGGGUUCCAUCCACAUCACUGGAACAGAAAGCGCUCGAGCUGGUCGAGGAGCUGCAGUCGGCCAAUCGUACCCUUCAGGUUCGUUUGGAUCGCCUCAUGAACAGCUCCCAAUCCGAAUAAUUGCGGCACGGCGGUGAGCUGAGGAGUGAUUGUCGAUGAAGGAGUUUUUAUUAUCAACCAAUCAAUAAUUUAUUAUCCUGCUGUGUCCUACAAGUGACCGCACGCUCACGUUAAUUUAAAUAAAUAAUAAUUAAAUUCGAAUCAAAAAAGACAGAAGGCAGGUAGACAGACAGAGGUAGUGAAUUCGAUAGUGACUCUUCAGGCCGGUGGUUGACGCUUUACUUGAUUAGUUCGGUUUUAUUCUCUCGUAUCUUGUAGCAGUUAUCUGUAGUCGUUUUCAUUCCCCUAUUUCAUUUCAUUUUCUAUGGCUAGCAGGCAAAUCUUAUCGAAAUCGAUUGCCUAAAUUUAAUGCCAUGGAUGAAGUUUUUAUCAAAUCUUCCCCAAAUUAGAACCAAAUAUUUUUGAAAAGUUUUAGUUUAAUAUGCCAUUCAUUUGAAAGAAAAAAAAUGAAUGGUUCCUUCACAAAAAAUCAUCAAAAAUGAUUCUUUUUUUUUGGUAAGAAAUCACCAACGCCUUGAAAUACUCUCGCUUCAGCAUCUUCCCGUCACCAUAUCUUCACCAACUGGGCAUGGUCGAAUGAACGCGCUUGUUUUUUUUUCUCCACCAGCUCUCACUGAUCGUGUACCACCCUUUUCCCAUCCAUUUGAACCCACGGGUUGGCCAAAUCACUCCCCAGGGGCUACUGAAGCGUACGAUCAGAAGCUGCCAUUCUUUCUUUCUGACUUUCUGCAGCAACCAAACUGUUUUCUAUCGAUACCGCGACCUGUCUGCUACAGAUCCGGUUCGAAGGACCAAAUGUAUUCGAUUCGACUCGUCAGGCCGGUGUGGUUGAUGCCUAACUGAUAAUUCGUUUUAUUCUCUCGUAUCCUGUAUGUAGUUAUCUGUAGUGGUUUUCAUUCAUAGUUUAUGUUCAUUUAGGUUCAGUUAAUUUUACUGACAUUUAGGCAUAUAACAUGUACAGGUAGAAGAAGGUAGCAGAGUCGAGUGCCUAGUCUGGAACGUGUGACCGAGUGCCCGUGCGACAGCGAAUAUACAGCAGUUAAAUCUGUUAGCGUGCUCCACACAUAAAA